GUUGUAGGUCAUUUGGUGAGAUGGUGUGUUAAAUGGUUUCACCAUAAUGUGUGAGGAUUCGAUGAACAUUGUUUUUAUUUCACUGGUCGAAUCAAAUAGGGGCAAUCAUCAGUUUCAGAUGCUUCACCAACAACCGGGCUCAUCAUCAAUGGCAUUACAUAUUGCAAUCUGUGCUCCUUCCUACUUCAAUAAUGAAAAUGAUGAGGUCUUGCGAAAGUGGAAUCAACUUCAAGCUUUUUGGGGGUUUGGUAAAGGUUAUUAUUCGUCCAAUAUGUCACCUGUAGAGUUCACAUCUGAAAAUCCAUAUUGUCGUUUCAAAGUAGUUUGCUAUACAAAAAUUCCCAAUUAUCGUAAUGAAGAUGGUAUUGUGCAAAUUAUAAUUGGAAGGGGCCUUUCAGAAGUGGAGGCCUACAAACAGGAAGUUAUUUCAGCAUUGAGUCUAUUAUUCGGAGGUAAUGAAGUUGUUGUUAAUGAAAUGUUUGCUGCUGAAGUACCAAACAAAACGAACUUCAGAUUUUACAUUCAGCAAGUUUUUCCUAAUGGAGAGAUUCAACGUGCAUCUACCACUGACACCUUUAGUCAUAUGUUAAGAGCAUCAUACAAUCCAAUUUUUAAGAUAGCCAGACAGAGACAAAAAUGCCUACUUUUUCUGUUUCAGAAUUUGUUUAUUGAACAGAUUAUUCCAAUGUUGACUUUAACUGAACAACAAAUGAAGAAAUAUCUUGAUACACCGCAAAGAGGAAUUGAUCCAGCAUUGUGGGAACUGGGCAAGCAAAAAAAUCCUGACCCAAUGAAAUUGAUACCUGUUGUAAAUGUGGGAUUUCAGGAAUUACAGAAACAGUUCAAGUAUCAAGAAGAAUAUGGCAAUAAAAUUCAUAAUAGUAUGAAGAAUAUUAUGGAUGAUAUAAGACAAUUAAGUUGUAUGCAGACGACAAUUAAAGUUACCAUUCAGAAUUUUAAGUUGAAACAGACAAAUAUAAUGCGCCGAGUUCUAAAAUUGGUGUCAGCACAAGAGGUUGAAAGGAAAAAAAAUCUACCACUAGAAGAAAUAGAGGAUCAGAUUCGACUGCGAUUAGAAAACUUGUAUAUGCAGCUGCAGGACCUCAAGGGAUGUUUGAAUGAACUAAUGGCUCAGUCUAUAAAGCCUGGUAGUUUUCCGCGAGCCCAACAGUAUGGACUGGUUGUUGACAAAGUGCAGGAUAUAUCACAAUACCUAAAAUGGCAGCAGGAUGCACUUCAGGCUCUAGUUAACAUACUUAAGGAAGAUAUACAAGUGGUCGUUAACAUAAAGAAGAACAUCAGCUAAGUUUUGAGAGUUAAGGAAAUUGGCUAACCGUCAACCAACUUCCCCAAACCACAUUCAAACAUUGGUAAUUAACCCUAUCAUUGUUUAACACCUCCCUCCACCCUUUCAGGGAGGGUAUGAUGCUACACUGAA